CCCUGAGGGGCGGGACCCGCAGCGCCCGCCAUGGGCCGGCCGGCCCGGCCGGAGAAGGCGCCGCGCUACGAGGCCUUCGUCAGCGACGUGCUGCAGCGAGACCUGUGGCGGGUGCAGCAGCAACGGGAGGAGGUUUACGAGAAGAUCACUCAGCACAUGUGGCUGAAGACGGUUAUUGAGCGUUUGCAGGAGGUGGGCGGCCGAGCGGUGCAGACGCAGGUGGAUCUGGGCUAUAACUUCUUUGUCAACGCGGACGUGCCUGACACCUCCAGGAUCUUCGUGGCGCUCGGCUACGGGUUCUUCGCGGAGCUGACGCUGACGGAGGCGCUGCGCUUCGUGGAGAGGAAAACCAAGUUACUGAUCGAGCUCAGCGAAUCCCUCACCAAGGACUCCGCCAAAAUCAAGGCCAAUAUCCGGAUGGUCUUGGAGGGCCUGCGGGAGCUCCAAGGCUUCCAGGACCUGCCUGAGGACCCCAGAAGAGACAUCGCCCUCUAGCCCCCCCCCCCCCCCCGGAAAUGCCAGGGGGGCACUGGGGGAAUCCCCGCCCCCUCCUGCUGUGUUCACCUGUCCCAUGGGAGCCAGGACUCCUGGGUUCUCUCCCUGGUUCUGCUCCCCCCCCAGCCAGUCCCGCCCCUCGUGCUGCCUCAGUUUCCCCUGCUGUCCCUGGCUGCAGCGUCCUGUCAUCUCAUUUCAACUGUGAAAAUAAAGACUCCGACUCGGG